AUGGGAAAUGCCCUCGCCGCCGACUACGCGGACAAGGCUAGUCCACCCCACGUACAAGAAUUGAGAAGGGAGGUGGCCGGGCGACCUGGUGGCAGUGAUGAUGUCGGAAAGGGGUCGCGCAAGAGUUGCAACCGUUCUUUCGAGGAGCUGUCUAUUUUGCCUCACCUCACACUUGUGCACGAGGUAAUGCGUCUCGAGGUCGACGUCCGUCAGGUGAAGGACAUGGCCAAGACGCAGGAAAGGCACUUGGCACAGCAGCGGGAGAAGUUGUCGGGGCUAAUGGGUUGGGUGGCAGAGAACCAAGAGGCCUUUGAGCGCGGGAUGUUAACCAUGAGCCACAUCGAGGCCCGCCUCGACGAAUCGGAUAAGCGCGGGCGCGCUGAUGUUGCUGACGCAGUCCAGGAGAUCUGUGUGGAGAGGGCAAAUGCGACGUCGCAAAGGGAGACGUUAGCGCUCACACUUGCACGUGUUGAGGCUACUGUGGCGGAUCUGAAAACCAUUGUGACUUCCGCGAUCAACGAUGUCGGUGAGCGGACCCGCACGGAGGUUUGGCACAAGCUUGUCGGCCUUGAAGACUCUAUGGUGCGGGCGGUGGAGCAUGGUGCGGGCGCGGGGGCUAUGAUCCUGAGGGCAGUUAUGGGGAGCAUCGGGGGAAACGCUAGGCCGAUUGCCGACCCUGUGCAUUCCGCGGGUCGGGAUCCCAAACUCGGAGCUGGUGCAGCGGGUGACGAGUGCCUGCCGCUGAUGCUUACGGGCGGUGUUGAGUCAGUGCAUCAUGAAAAGCGCUCUAUUCUGCAGGGUGCCAAAGGCGAGGCUUCCAACCGAGCGAAGAAAGUGAAGAGUGCUGGUGGUAUCACUACUGCUGGCCUGAAAGAGGCCGCUCCUGCGGUUGCUGAUUCGAAGGACGCUUUUGUUGCUUUUGGCAGGCUGGCGAUUGCAGCGGAGGGCACGAAUGAGGGCGCGGAAGAAUCUGUUGGCGACGAGGAGGCCGAGGCGAGGGAUGCGCGGAGGAAGUAUCUUGCGGCGCGGGCAGCGGUGAAAGGUGCUGGUCGUGGGGCUGAGGGGGGGACCUCUAAGAGUGCCGAGAUCAUUCACACGCCGAUGGUCGGUGUCCGUGUUAAACCAUGCAAAAAAAAACCCUUCUCGGUUGAGCUUCAUCAUGGUGGUGAGCGCUUCUAUCUCGGUGCGUUUCCGCGUGCUGGGCCCGCGCGCUAUCUGUCCGCGGUGGCACAGAUCGUGUGGCACGACCGCGUGCAGAAGUCGCUGUUAGUGCUCACGGACCAGGAAGAGGAGGAAUGGACACUCGAUCUCGCUCUCGCCCGAAAGAUGACCACGGGGCUUUACGCGAUUUUCGCGCAGGAUGUUGAACAUUUUCAAGACAAGUCGCGGAUUCUUGGACUCGAAGGUGAAGCCCACGGUCGAGUCUGCGAUUUGUGCUGCUAUUGGCCUUGA